AUGUAUCAACCCGUUCAAAAAGUUGAAAAACGUAAAUCAUGUUGGAGCAUUUUAUUUGCAAUACUUGGAUCAGCAGCAGUGGCAACAGUAGUGACGUGGUUAUUGAUGAAGUAUGGACAAUCAUCAGUACCAUUAACCACAACAGUAAAUUCAACUUUUGAUAAAAACAAUGAUUAUACGCUGGUUUUUGGAAAGGUCAAUGGUGACAGUGAUUUAUGCUCACAAAUGGGACGGAAAGAAGGAUCAGCUGUUGAUUCAGCAAUAACGACAAUGAUUUGUAAUGGUAUAAUGAAGCCAUCAGCAAUGGGUAUUGGUGGUGGAUUUUUGAUGACAAUUUAUGAUCGUAAAAAUAAACAGGCACGUUUUUUGAAUGCAAAAGAUAAAGCACCACUUGCUGCUCACAAAAAUAUGUUCAAAGAUGCUGGAUAUCAUUCAUCUAAAAUUGGAGCACUUGCUAUUGGAGUACCAGGUGAAGUUGCUGGCUAUUGGGAGGCUCAUCAAAAAUAUGGUAAACUUGCUUGGUUUGAUUUGUUUGAGCCCAAUCUUCAAUUGUGUAAAACACAAUCAAAACAUGCUCUAAAACUUCGUUCUCAAUUGUGUGACACACUAAAAGCUAUUGCUGAAAAAGGUGCUAAUGAAUUUUACAAUGGUACACUUGGUGAAAUUUUGAUUGAAGAUUUAUCAGAGGUGGGAAGUAUAAUGACUGUUGAAGAUUUAAAAAAUUAUCGUGUUAAAUGGACAGAUCCAAUUGUUUCUGAUUUUUUAAAUGGAACAAAAUUAUAUACAUCAAAUUUGCCUGGUAGUGGUGGACUAUUGGCAUUAAUGUUAAAUGUUUUUGAUGAAUUUAAAUUCAGUCGUAGAGAUUUAGUAGGAGAAACAAAUAGAAUUCGAACAUAUCACAGAAUAAUUGAGACAUGGAAAUUUGCUUAUGCAAUUAGAAGUCAAAUGGGAGAUCCAGACUUUAUUGAUAUGACUGAUUUAAUGAAAAAUUUAACAUCAAAAGAUUAUGCCAGAAAUAUCAAAAAUAAAAUAGAUGAUGAAAAAACUUGGAAUGAACCAGGUCAUUAUGGAGGUGCUCAUAACCUUUCAAAGGAUCAUGGAACAUCACAUAUAUCAGUAAUAGCACCAAAUGGUGAUGCUGUUUCUGUAACUAGUAGUCUUAAUGGAAAUUAUGGAAGUCUCACAAUAAGUUCUCAAACAGGAAUUGUUUUAAAUAGUGCAAUGGAUGAUUUUUCAAUUCCUACAAUAACAAAUACAUAUUCAUUACCAGGAAAUAAUAAAAAUAAUGAAAUUCAAGGUGGAAAACGACCACUUUCAUCAAUGGUACCAUCAAUUAUUACAACACCAGAUGGUGAUGUUAAAAUGGUUAUUGGAGCUGCUGGUGGUACACAAAUAACAACAGCUGUUUCAUACAUCAUAGCUAGACACUUGUUCAUGGGUGAUUCACUACAAAGAGCUAUAACUGUACCAAGAAUUCAUCAUCAACUUUAUCCAAUGGUUUUAACUUACAGCCAUCUUAUUCCAGAUAGAGUAAUUCAUGGUUUACGUGUAUUGGGUCAUGUUAUAGAACGAUCUGAAUAUGAUUCUUCUGUUAUUGCUCUUGUUCGUUCUGAUAAUGGAACAGUUAUUGAUCAUUAUGGUUCAUAG